AAAAAAGUUAAUAUCCAUGGCGUCCGACGACCUCUUCGAAGGCUUGCCUCCGCCAGCGGCGCCCGCCGGCGAAGACCCCGCGUCCUCCCCCGCGCUGCCUCCUCCUCCUCCGCCGGCGCCGACGGUACCGAGGCGGUCCGCGCUGAAGAGCUCCCUCAAGCGGGACAAGCCCUCCCCCUCCUCGGCCGCUACCUCCUCCUCCUCCUCACCCGCCGCCGCCAGCGUCGUUCCCCCCGAUGUCGCCGCCGAAGGCCGCGUUCCUGAGAAGCGCCUUCGCUUCAGAACUACUGUUGAUGCAUCAGAGAUGCAAAUCAUUGAAGCUAUGCAGAAGAUAACUUCACACAUUGGAAAUCCUUCAAAAUUCAGCAAGGCGUCAAAGCUAGCUCUACAGCUUAUUGAGGCUGGAAGUGUCAAGCCAGAGACAAUCGGGCACUUCUUUGGUCUAUUAGAGGCUGCAAUGUCUUCACCUGGAGCUUGUAAUGAACCUUCUGUCCGCGCAGAUUACCAGGCAUUGUUUAAUGCUGCUGAGGGUGUGACAGAGUGUUUCAACGAACAGCAGAAAAAUCAAUUUGAUGUAUGGAUGCUUCAUGCGGUGGUGGCUAAUGAUCUCUGUACCGAUGACAGUUUUGUGUUCUCAAAGGCUGUAGGGAAGAUCAAAGAUGCCAUCUCAGCCCUGCCAGUGGCAACAGUGGACGAUGAUAACGAUGAAGCAACAGCACUUGCUGAAAGCCAAUCUGGCACCACAGAGAAUAAGGCAGUUGAUAGCAACACACAUGAAGAAGAAUCCUCUGAUCCUUUCGGUCUAGAUGAUCUCCUCGAGCACAAGCCGAAGAAGUCUGAGAAAGCGGCUGAUGCCCUGAAUAGACAGGCGGACGAGGAGGAGUGCAGAAGACUUCUGAGGUCACGGCGCGAAGCCCUCCUGAAGUGUCUUGAGACGGCUGCUCGGCGCUACAGGAUACCGUGGACGCAGACGACCAUCGACAUCCUGGGGCGGCACGCGUACGACAGCGUGGGGCGGUUCACGGCCCGGCAGCGGGAGGCGGUGGAGAAGCUGUGGAACUCGAUCAAGGAGCAGCAGAUCCGGCGCAAGCACGGCAAGUCGGCGAGCGGGAAGCUGGACGUGAACGCCUUCGAGCGGCUCCAGGAGAAGUACUCCCACGAGAAGAUCAGCAUCCGGCGCGCCGUCGGCGGCGCGGGCGACCGCCGCGCCACGCAGUGGCUCGGCUAAAUCAAGCCGGCACGCCGCCUCCCACCGUACCGUCUGACGAUGAUGACAGACGUCACACCGAUUGGAAUGGCGAGAAAACGACGAUGAUUCCGCCGCUCCCUGUUGUUGGCCUGAAUGUCUGCGGCCCGUUGGGGGGAAAACUGUUGAGCUCCGAUUUUCCACAACGACGGCGCUCACUUCGCCUGAGGCGUUGAUUGGAGUCGUGCGGAGGGUGUGCGUGAGUGACGGAGAUGAUGCAAACGGCGAGCGUGUGGAUUAUAGUUUUCAUAUUCGCAUUCGUGUGUGUGGUGUCCCCAUUCUUGUGAUCUCAUCUUGGGUUGCAGCACUAUCCACAGAUUUCUUGGGCGCCCGUGCGUGUGUGCGUGUGCACGUGGGAAUGUGAAUGGGGUUUGGGUUUUCGGUU